AUGCAGACGACACGGGAGGUGGACUCGGGCGUGGAGGUGCUGGAGAUCGAAGCGCGGGUGCUUUCGAUCCAGUCGCAUGUGGUGGCGGGCUAUGUGGGCAACAGGAGUGCAGUGUUUCCGCUCCAACUCCUGGGCAUCGAGACCGAUGCCAUCAACACGUGCCAGUUCUCCAACCACACCGGCUACCCGUCGUGGGAGGGCGAGCGGCUCACCGGCGAGCAGCUCUCUCGGCUGAUGGAGGUCGCGUCUCUUCUCUUCCGCGGGAUGGAGCGCAACGGACUGGCGGGCCACACACAUAUAUUGACGGGCUACGCCGGCCGCGCAGACCUCCUGCACGCCCUGGAGCGAGUCGUGCAGACCACCACCCGCCACCGCCCCGACGCCGUCUACCUGUGCGAUCCGGUGAUGGGCGACAACGGAAAGCUGUACGUGGCGGAGGAAGUGGUGGGCAUCUACGCCGAUGUACUGGUUCCACUGGCCCACAUCGUCACGCCCAACCACUUCGAAGCCGAGCUCCUGGCUGGUAUGAAGAUCACCAAUGAGACCGAGGCGGUUGAGGCGAUGGAGAAGCUGCACAGCAAGGGCGUGCGCGCGGUGGUGAUCACCAGCACCGACCUGUACGGCGUGCCCGGCGAGCUGGCCCUCCUGGCCUCCCACAAGCUGGCCCACGCCGACGGUGGCCCGGCCCGUCGUUUCCGCAUCCGCAUGCCCGCCCUCGAGGGCUACUUCACCGGCACCGGCGAUCUCUUCGCUGCCUUGCUGCUGGCGUGGCACAUCAGGCACCCGGACGACUUUGUGCUGGCCUGCGAGAAGGCGGUGUGCGGCACGCACGCGGUGCUGCGGGAGACGAUCCAGUACUACGCCCGACGCGCCGCCGCUGCCGCCGCCGGGGGCAGCUCGACUGCAGUCGCGCCGGAGAAGGCGGGCACCUACCCGGAACUCAAGAUCAUCCCCAGCAAGGGCCUCAUCGAACACCCGCCCCUCCUCUUCCGCGCCGAAGACAUCAAAUAA